GCCGCCAUGCCGGGGCCGCGGACCCUCGCCAACCUGGCGGAGUUCUUUUACAGGGACGGCUUCAGCCGCAUCCACGAGAUCCAGGGAGGGUGAACAGUGGCUCAAGAUGAGAAGCGUAUUGAGACAAAGAAUUCUGAAACCGAAAGAUGUGGCCAUUUAUUCUGGAGAAGUCAACCAAGUGAUUGCUGACUUAAUUAAAAGAAUCUACCUCCUCAGGAGCCAGGCAGAAGAUGGAGAAACCGUGACCAAUGUCAAUGACCUUUUCUUCAAAUAUUCAAUGGAAGGAGUGGCCACCAUCCUUUAUGAGAGUCGUUUGGGCUGCCUGGAAACCAGCAUACCACCGCUGACUGUGGAAUACAUCGAGGCCCUGGAGCUCAUGUUUAGCAUGUUCAAGACCUCCAUGUAUGCAGGCGCCAUCCCCAGAUGGCUUCGCCCCUUCAUCCCAAAGCCCUGGCGGGAAUUCUGCAGGUCCUGGGAUGGACUCUUCAAAUUCAGCCAAAUUCAUGUUGACAACAAGUUGAGGGACAUACAGUACCAAACGGACCGAGGCCGGAGGGUGAGCGGCGGACUUCUCACAUACCUCUUCCUUAGCCAGGCACUGACGCUACAGGAGAUCUACGCCAACGUGACUGAGAUGCUGCUGGCCGGCGUCGACACGACGUCCUUCACCUUGUCCUGGACAGUGUACCUCCUGGCAAGGCACCCAGAAGUGCAGCAGACGGUGUACCGGGAGAUUGUCAAGAACUUAGGGGAAAGGCAUGUUCCAACUGCAGCUGAUGUCCCCAAGGUCCCGCUGGUCAGAGCUCUCCUUAAGGAAACCCUGAGGCUGUUUCCAGUGCUGCCAGGGAACGGCCGGGUCACCCAGGAAGACCUGGUUAUUGGCGGGUAUCUGAUUCCGAAAGGCACCCAGCUGGCCCUUUGCCACUAUGCCACAUCGUACCAGGAUGAGAACUUCCCUCGGGCCAAGGAGUUCCGGCCUGAGCGCUGGCUGCGGAAAGGAGACUUGGACAGAGUUGACAAUUUUGGAUCCAUCCCCUUUGGUCAUGGGGUUCGCAGCUGCAUAGGGCGGAGAAUUGCAGAACUGGAGAUUCACCUCGUCGUGAUCCAGUUGCUUCAACAUUUUGAGAUCAAAACAUCUUCUCAGACUAAAGCUGUUCACGCAAAAACCCACGGGCUCCUGGCGCCAGGGGGGCCCAUCCAUGUACGAUUCGUUAACAGAAAGUAAGCCUGGAUUUUAAACCUGGGCUGACGUAGCAGACCAGCUCGCCGACACACAGUGGCUAUUUGUGUGUUGCUGAUCACCGUGGAGAAGGCAAGCGAAGUCGCUGGAGGCUGUCUUGUUAUAGACUGGCCUCCCAGGUCCUGGGACACUUGUAAAUCUUUAUGCAAAGUAAUGUAAAAAGGUUGCUGUUUACUGGUGCAGACCAGAGGUUGCCCUUUCUCUGGGGGAAACAGCUGUUUAAAAACCAGUGGCACUGAAAUUUUGUGCUUCAUACAUUGUGCUAGACUCAAUAUUUAAUGACUGGCAGUAUCCUAUGCAUUUACUUGUAUAGGGAAAUGGUGGUUUACUUACAUAUUCAGUUCUCCAGUAUAUGUUCUCUAAUACUGGCAUCUGGGCUCAAAUUGCCAUCAACAGUAAGUUGGAGGCAAUUUCAACUUGCUGUUUCUGAUUUGAAGAGGGAACAUUAAGAAUGCCUCUGUAAUACUGUAAUUAUGGGAAGAAAGCACCAAAGGUGACAUUUUAUCCUGAGCACCAGAUUUAGAUCCUAUUAAAGGGCUCAAACUUAAAAGGGCUGGCUGGGUGCGGUGGCUCACGCCUGUAAUCCCAGCACUUUGGGAGGUCAAGGUGGGAGGAUUGUGUGAGCCAGAAGUUCGAGACCAGCCUGGGCAACAUGGUGAAACCCUGUCUCUACCAAAAAUACAAAAAUUAGCCAGGCGUGGUGGUGCACACCUAUGGUCCUAGUUACUCGGGAGACUGAGGCAGGAGGAUCGUUUGAGCUCAGGAGGUUGAGUCUGCAGUGAGCUAUCUAUGAUGGCACCACUGCACUUCAGCCCGGGCAACAGAGUGAGACCCUCUCUCAAAAAU